CUGGAGAUGCGCGAUGCCAGGAAACCUUCUACAUGAAUCCUGACACUGGUGUAGUCCUCCUUGGCAAGAAUCUGCCUGUGGCCACUACUCCAAGUUUCACUUGUAGCAUCCAAGUAACAGACAAUGGCUUCCCAACUGCAAAUGUGGAUACUACAACACUUGUAGUAAAUGUUGGCUCAAUCCAGUUCCCUCAGUUUACACAGAAUGAGUAUUCUGCCACAGUUGAUGAGAAGAACCCACUUGGUACAUUUGCUGUUGAUGUACAAGCCACAAAGAAUCCCCCAGGUAACAUGGUGUAUGAGGUUGUUGGAGAAUACCCAGCCCCAACGUUCUUCGGCGUCAAUAACCGCACUGGUAGAGUUGCCAUUAUCAAUGAUCUGCGAUCAGAUGGCAACCGCGAAUACAAGCUCCUGGUGGCUGGUUACGAUUCACUGUACCCAGAUCUGAGAAGCACCUCGACAGUCCAUAUCACUGUAAACAGAAAUGGAUUUGGCCCUGAGUUCAGCCCUACCAGCGUUAGCCUGAACUUGCCAGAGACAACCAGCACAGAGUCUUGGUCCAGGCCGAUCAAUGUCACGGAUAGGGAUAGUUCCAUGACAACCUGUGAGAUCAGUGGCACUGCCAAGGCACAAGAAUUCUUUGCUGUCGAUUCUCGCACUUGUUUGCUGACUCUGAAGAAGAACUUGACAACAGACACUGACGGUGCAACAAGAUAUGAUAUCACCAUUAUUGCUAAAGACAAUGGUAAUCCUGCUCGAACUGGUACAACAGUGGUGACUGUAAAUGUUCCCCGUGACACAGCCAUUCCUAUUAUCCGUAACCUGCCUGCAUCAGUGACAGUUGAGGAGUCUGCACAACCUACAGAUCUCGUGUACACCAUCGAUCCAUUUGAUGCAGAUCUAGAUGGGAGUAUACGAUGCCGAAUGAUUGGAGAUUGGCCUUCAUCAACUUUCUUCACCCUUGAUAGUGCUACUGGACAAGUAAGGAUCAACAACUCUCCAAAACUUGAUACUAUGAGCAGGGAUGAAUACAAGGUACGAUUUCAGUGUUAUGAUACAGCUUGGCCAGAUAAUAGGGCAGAGAGUGUGCUUACCGUCAAUGUCCGACGCAACCCUGCAUUCCCAGCAUUUACCAACACCCCAUACUCAAGGAGCAUUCCUGAUACAUUCCCCUUGGGCAGCACCGUAUUUCAACUCUCUGGACAGGACUCAGAUGGGGAUAUUGUAACCUUCAGCAACCAAGGUACCGACACAGACAAGAGCUUUUACUAUGUGAACCCAACAACUGGUGUUGUUGUGUUGCUGAAAGACUUGAGAUCAACUGACCGCACAUCAUUUGAGAUCCCCAUGCGAGUUUCUGAUGGUCGUGGAAAAAGUGGUGAUGCUAUUGUGAGGAUAACAGUGACAAAGAACAGUGGCCCACCUGUGUUCAGCAAUACACCAUAUGAAACUAGAAUCCCAGUCACACAGCCUGUUGGAACUCGUGUACUCUCGCUCUCCGUCAAUGAUCCUGAUCGCGUGGGAACCAUUGUUUGCCAGCUUGAGGGGUACGAACCUGGACAAACCUACCUUGAUCUUAACAAUGUCACACAUGCCAUCACAGUUCGGGCCAACCUGACUCUCAACCCACAACCUGAUGUCAGUUAUGUGCUCCUGGCGAAGUGCUUUGACUCUGGUAACCCAAGUGAAGUGUCUUAUACUACUGCAAAGAUCAAUGUUGAACGCAAUCUCGCCAGCCCACGAUUUUCACCAACUCAGUACACAGCUACCAUCAAUGACUAUGAUCCUAAAGGAACAAGUGUUCUUGCUGUCACUGCCACUGACAGUGAUCCAUUGGCCCCAGAGAAUCAAAUCAUGUUCAGCCUGAGUGACGGAAGCCGUGCUGCCAAUGACUACUUCACAGUUCACCCCUUCACAGGUCUGAUCACAGUCAGUAGGCGUGUGUCUGAAGAUCCUACCACACAGAACAGAUACAUAGUGACAGUCCGGGCGACUGAUGGAGGUAUUCCUAGCAAGUCCGACACGACCACUGUUCGCAUCACAGUCAACAGGAAUCUCUUUGCUCCUCGCUUUGAUCCAAUUAAUUACAACAUCACCAUUUUCGAGACUCAGUCAUUGGGAUUGUCCAUCUUCCAAGUGACUGCUACUGAUGGUGACAGCAAGGCCCCGUACAACACUGUGCAGUAUGAGGUCAACAACCUUCUUUCCAGUACUACUGGACGACUGUACUUCAUGGUGGACCGGAACACUGGCGCAGUCAGCCUCAGGUGCUUUCUGGAAUCGGACACAAGCUACACUGGAGUAUACACGAUUGUUGUUGACGCAGUAGAUGGAGGUGGACUAAGGGCUAAUCCGCCUGCCAGAAUCGAAAUCACCGUGGACAGAAAUACAACGCUGCAGCCACCCAAUGAUACCAAUUCCAUGUCACCCAGAGCUUCCCUCUGUUGUCAGGAGCCUCUGCCACCGUACUGGGGUGGAAGCAAUUUAUGUUCGAGCUGAGGACAAUGGCAGUCCCAAACUGUACGACAUUGCCCUUGUUGAACUCACCAUCAACCGGAACCUGAACCCACCCAUCUUCAACCCCGUCAGUUAUGAAGAGACCAUUCUCGAGCCCAGGCCAAUUGGAGACGUGGUUCUCAGAGUGACAGUUUCAGAUGUUGAUAGCCUGGACAAGGGAUACACCGAAGAGGAUUCGGCAUACCUGUUUCCUGAAAAAUACCGUGCCAAUGUUCAAAGUGUCAAGCCUCCAAAACACAUGCAUGUAGAGUCCCCUGCUUCAAAAGCGUGUCGUAAAAGUCGACUUACGAGAAGCGAAUUGAAUCUAUACAUGACCCGGCUAAUCAUGUGACCUUGUUGAUCAUGUGACCUGGCAGAUCAUGCGAUCUGACUGAUCAGGUGACCUAGACAUGAGUCAUGGUGGUUUUAAUGGAAAUAAGACUCUCGGUAAAUGUACAAAGUAUGAAUCGAUAUAACGCAAAAAAAAUAAGAUAGUUACUUCUGAUAUCUGUACUGUUUUGAACAUAAAACUUCUUGACAAACACUUUAUAUGAUGAAAAGUAGCAUAACUGAAAGUUUUUUAUGUAAACUUGCCUUAAACUUAAACUCAGAACCUUUGUACAUUGGUCAUCAUAAAAACGAAUGGACAUAGUUGAAACCAAAUAAACAUUUGCCGUCA